AUGAGGGCGUCGUUCUCCGCGGAGGCCGGCUCGGGGCAGGUCAACGAAAUCCUAGUCGAUGUCUCAGGGUGCACGAACUUCGCUGGCAAGGACGUGAGCGGGAAGGUGCUGUCGGGGAUCAACAUGGAGGACGCGUCGUUCAAGGGCGCGAAGCUCGUCGGUUGCGAGAUGAGCCGCACCAAGGCCAACCGCGCAGAUCUCUCCGGGGCCGACCUGACCGACGUCAACGCGUACGGCGCGACCUUCGACGGCGCGGACCUGAGGGGGGUGUCGUUCGAGAACGCGAUCCUGAGCGGCGCGACGUUCGGAAAGGACCGGCAGUCCGGGCAGUGGGCGAACAUGGAGGGCGCGCAGUUCGAGGGGGCGCUGCUGUCGAGCAGCGACGUCCAGCGGGUGUGUCUCAACCCGACCCUGACUAAGGAGCAGCGCAAGUACGAGCUGGGGUGCAGGAACUGA